AUGUUAGAAUCUGAUUUAUCUGAUGUUGAAACUGCAGCAACACUUGUAACAAUAGAUCCCAAUAGACAUAGCUGUUGGAAAGAAGAAAAAAUUGCUCUUUUGAAACUCAAACAAAACAUAAACUACACAAAUGGUUCAUAUUUUUCAACAUGGGUAGCUAAUGAAACUUCAAAUUGUUGUCAAUGGGAAGGAAUUAUUUGCAGCAACAGUAGCAGAAAAGUCACAGAGUUGUCAAUAUCUGUGAAGACUUUUAUUAAAGAGGAUAUUUCUGGUAUUGAAAGUUCAAAUACUGAUAAUUGGGGAAAUUGGCAUUUCAAUGCAUCUUUGUUUCUUCCUUUCAAGAAUCUUAAAGCUCUUCUCCUCCGUGGAUAUUCUAUAGCUAAUUGGAUUGAGGAUGAAGGUUUCGAAAAACUGAAACAACUAACAAAACUCGAAAAGCUUGAUUUGGCUGGGAACAACUUCAAUCGCAGCAUAUUUCUAUCUCUUAGUCAACUUACAUCUCUCAAGUCAUUGAACCUCGGACGUAACAACAUUGAAUCAGGUAAUGAAAGAUUGACAGGGUUAAGCAAUCUGGAAAUCUUAGAUCUAAGCGUUAACAGAUUGAAUGAUGAAAGUGUUCUCUCUGCUCUAGAGUUGGGAAUUCUGAGAAAUAUAAAGUAUUUACUUUUGGAUGGGAAUACGUUGGACAAAAACUUUCUACAGAGCAGUGUUGUCAUGUCAUCCCUUAAAGUAUUAUCAGUAUCUAACUGCGGCCUGAAUGGAACCCUACCUAUUCCAGGUUUAUGCAAUCUAAAAUAUCUGGAAGAACUAAGUCUCAGCUUCAACAACUUCCAUGGAAAUCUUCCUCCAUGUCUUGGAAACAUAACAUUACUUCGGGUAAUCUUUGAGUAACUUGUGUUACCCAUUCUCACAGUGCCGAAAUUACCUGCUACAUAUCUGCAAAAAAGAUCUCUUACCGAUGUGGUAUGGUAAGAUGUCAUUGUGUCAACCACCCAAUCCGACUCUUGAUAUGCCAAGUGCAUGCAUUCUUCUUCCUCAUUUAUGAAAAGAAUAACAUUAUCAUUGUUUUGCACCAUAGCAGAUAUGUUGUCGUCAUUCUUCUGGCCACUGAUUUCACCUUUGCCCUUCCUUGGAUUUGGGCAAUCUCUUUUGAAGUGACCUGGUUGAUCACAAUUGUAGCAAUUUAUGGCUUUUGAUUUGGAGCGGUUCUUCGACUUCCCACGAGCUCUGAAUCUACUAUAGUUGCUCGAACUGCUUUGAUAACUCAUACCUCUACCUUCUGUGAUGAGAGAUUGUCCUUGAUUUUCAGACUUCUUUCCCAUCUUCUCAUUAGGUAGAAGAGCCGAUGUGACAUCUUUCAAUUCAAUGGUAGUCUUACCAUGCAGGAUGGUUGUUGCCAAAUUAUCGUAUGAAGAUGGCAAUGAGUUGAAUAACAAGAUGGCUUAAUCUUCUUCCUCGAUUUUUACUUCGAGGUUGGCGAGCUGUGUGAUUAGUCCGUUAAACACAUUUAAAUGUGACAAAAAAUUCGUACCUUUACCCAUAUGUAGGGCGUAUAGCUGCUUCUUCAGGUACAAUUUAUUUGUUAGCAUUUUGGACAUGUAUAGGCUUUCCAACCUUGUCCAAAUGCCACAUGCGGUGUAUUCAUCAAUAAUGUUAUUUAUCAUAUUAUCUGAUAAGUGCAACCUGAUUGCACUAGCAGCCCUUUCAUCCAAGUCAUCACAAUCCUCAGCUUUCAUGGUAUCAGGUUUUUUGACAUCAAUAUCUAGUACCUUGUGUAAUCCUUGUUGGACGAGGGAACUUUGCCAUGUUGAUGGAUUAGACACUUUUUUGGUGUGGAGAAGAUGAUGUCACUAGUUCUACAAGAGUGAUUCAGCCGAUUGAAUAGUGGCAUUUAAGAAUUAACAGCCUGGGUACUGCUACACUAUUGCAUUUAAAGGUUUUAAUGGUGCUUUAACAAUGGUUGGCUAACCAUAAAGAUGAAGAAGAAUGGUAGGUGCAUUUGGGGUGAAAUAAAGGUAUUUUAUAAGGGUAAUAAAAGAAUUUUACAAUACUUUUUUAGUUGAAACCGCGCUCAAUUGCGAGGAUAACACACACGUGAUGCCAUGUCAGAUUCAGGUGUUCACGAGAUAUACCUCUACCAACUUGUCUAAAAGGUCACUCGGUAAGUCUAAGUAUGUAACUAACAGCUGAGGCCAAGUUAAGGUGUUUGUUUAUAUAUUAUACCAAAGAUAAAAGAAGGAAACUCAACAAAGAAAGGGGCAGUCUAGUGCAUAAAGUAUCUCAUAUUCACGCAUGAUCUCGGGAAGAGGCGCACCCCAAGGGGUAUGAUGUAGACUGCGUAUCCUAAUGCAAGCAUUGGUGGCUGUUUCCAUAGCUUGAACAUGUGACCUAUUGGUCACUAGGAGAUAACUUUACCAUUGCUCUAAGGCUCCGGUUCAAAAGAAGGAAACUCAACAUUCAGAAAAUUUCAAAAAAAUGAACAUGGAGUCUAGCUUGGACAAAAGGGAUGAUAUCUCAAGUGCUGCUGCUCAAUUUUUUCAGAAGAUGUUUUCACACAGGAAGCUAGCUACAAGGAUCUUGAUUUAAUCAUUAACAUUCAGGCUUCUAUUACAGAUGAUGACAAUCAAAGCACUCAGUAGACUUGUCUGACCUUAAGCCCAUAAGUUUUUGUACUUAUUCUAGCAAGAUAUUAUCUAAACUCUUGAAUCUCAAGUUGUCUUU